ACCACACUCUUUUGUUUAGCUUCUGUUCUUCAUAGCUGGUUCUUUCUUUUCCUACUACUGUCAUUCAUUUCACAAUGCAUCUUAAUCUGUCUUUCUUUGUUGCGUUGCUCCCUCUUGCCUCCAGCUUCGUCCACCCUGGACUCCUCGUCACAGACAGCGACAUCACCCGCGCACAGCAAAAGAUCAAAGCAAACGCAGACCCAUGGACCACCUCCUGGAAUGUUCUAACCCGUGUCCGUCUCUCCGACGCCAGCUACACUCCUUCACCAGCCAGCGUCGUUUACCGUAGCGACUGGGACGGCAACACCGCAAACGCAGAGGACCUGUGGCACGACGUCGCCGCCGCAUUCAAUCUUGCUGUGCGCUGGAAGAUCUCGUCCAAUACUACCUUCGCCGAUACAGCGAGCAACAUUCUCCAUGCCUGGGCCACCACGCUAACCGCCCUCGGCGGCGGCGAUGACAAGUACCUGACAGCCGGACUGCAGGGGUACCAGCUUGCCAACGCCGCCGAGCUGCUCCGCGACUAUGAGCCUUUCGCGACGAAGGUCCUUCCGUCUGUGAUCGAUAUGGCCAAUAAGAUCUUCAUCCCGAUGCACUACAAGUGGCUGCACCAUGAGGAGCCAUCGCAGCAUAAUGUCCUCCACUUCUUCGCAAACUGGGAGCUGUGCAAUAUCGCUUCUGCCAUGGCCAUGGGUGUCUUGACAGACAACCAGACGGUCUGGGACUUUGCGGUGGAUUAUUUCAAGGAGGGGGAGGGAACCGGCUCCAUUCAUAAUGCCAUCACGGAUAUUGUUGAGGAGCCUGGCACAGGGACGCUGCUCGGCCAGGGCCAGGAGGCCGGUCGCGACCAGGGCCACUCAGCGCUGGAUGUUCAGUUGCUGGCGGUGGUGGGGCAGCAGGCCUGGAACCAGGGGGAGGAUUUGUUUGCGUUGAAUGAUAGUCGUAUUUUGAAAGGGAUUGAGUACUGGGCGCGGUAUAACCUAGGCCACGACGUCCCCUUCGUGCCCUACGCCAACGGCAUCGUCAGCUUCACGGAAAUCAGCAGUGCGUCGCGCGGCGCGAUGCGGCCUACCUGGGAACUACUGUAUAGCCACUACGGAUCCGGUCAUUUUGAUGGCCUUGGCUGGGGGUCGUUGCUGCAUCAUCUGGAUGAGAAAGAUGUCGCGGCUCAAGAUUCGGGCGCAAACACACUCAUUGCUUCCCCGUCGGCUGGUAAAGCCACCUCGACGCCGCUAACGUGGAGUACGCCUGGUUCGAUUCCCGCGGUAUCCUCUGGCGGAAAGUCGACUUCGGCAGCGGCCGCAUCUACGAGUGCCGUUAGCAGUACUCCUUCGCCUCAGUCGUCUCCUUCCCCCUCUUCUCCAGGCACGAGUACUCCUGCAGCUACUCCAGACCCCUUGCCCACCCCGCGUCCUACCAAAGCCGGCCAGAACCCCGGUCAUCGGGGACACCGUCAUCACCAUGGACGCAAACAUGGGGCAUGCCAUGCGCAUUCACAAGUCUAGGAUAGAGGGCCCGUCCGUAAAUAAACUAGUUCCUAGAGCUGAGUCAAAACAAUAUAUCUUCUCC